CGCCGAGCUUUGACCAAUGGUUUCGUUUCGUCAUCUGUAAACUGCAAAACUCAAGGUCGAAGAGAAAUGGCGGGACUGAGAAGACUGGCGCAAUUGAAACCCAUAGCCGAAGAAGCAUUGGCUGGAACAGUUUUCGUAGCGAAGUUUCUCUGUGGCCUUCAUGUUGCCAACACUUACAUCUGCACAGCUGCUCUCACCUAUGGUCCUAGCAUGCUCCCUACUCUAAACCUAACCGGCGAUUUCAUCUUGGCCGACCGACUCUCCACUCGCUUUGGCAGAGUCGGCGUCGGAGACAUUGUCCUCGUGAAGUCUCCUGAAAACCCUCGUAAAGUAAUGGCGAAGCGUUUGAUGGGUAUGGAGGGUGAUUCUGUUACCUAUGUUGUAGACCCGAAGAACAGUGAUUGGUGCGAAACUGUUGUGGUUCCUAAAGGGCAUGUUUGGAUAGAGGGAGAUAAUAUCUAUGAUUCAAAUGAUUCGAGACAUUUUGGGGCCGUACCAUAUGGUCUUCUGCAAGGGAAAAUAUUUUGGAGAAUAUGGCCACCUAAAAGUUUUGGACCUUUGGAGAAGAGAAAAUCAAACGAGACCAUCUUGUGAGAUCCUAUUUCGCAGUUAUCGCUCAUCAAUGUCGACAUCGAUGAUUUACGCAGAAGGUGGCUCGAAAUUCUUCAUAAUCCCUCUAUUAUAGCCUCUGGAAGGAUUUCUUCUAGAUUUCAUAAUUUGUACAAUUGAAAUUGAAGCCUUGCUGACUAAACGUUCCCAAUCACUUCACUUCAGCAUAAUAAAUCAUUUAGUAAAUGUUUUCGAGUCGCAUGUAGCUUUAAACGAUGAUGGAAUGGAAUUGAUAGACAGAUUCUUGAAGAAUGUAACAUUUUUUCUAUUUUUUAGUGAGAGGAUGACAGUAAUUUAAAUUGAUAGCAAA